CGCACCGACUCGCUGCUGCGCCGAGCUGAUCCAAGGUGAACCCCUCACACUCACACGCAGACACACACACGCACACACACACACACGAGCUGCCGGAUCAUUGCUGCUGGGGGAAUCGAAGCGCACCGCCGGGAGACACGAUGUUGGUGAAACUGGCCGUGGCUCUGCUGGUUCUGUCAGUGUUGGAGCAAGUGGUGGGAUUGGAUAAUACUGAUAUACACGACAGUCUCCCGGAGAAGCCUGUGAGCCAGAAAGGACGACUCUCCCUGCAGAACACAGCUGAGAUCCAGCACUGCCUGGUGAGUGCAGGGGAUGUCGGCUGUGGUGUGUUUGAGUGCUUUGAGAAUAACUCCUGCGAGAUACGAGGGCUACAGGAAAUCUGCAUGACGUUCCUGCACAACGCUGGCAAAUUUGACUCUCAGGGGAAGUCCUUCAUCAAGGAUGCUCUGAAGUGUAUGGCCCACGGUCUACGGCACAAGUUCAGCUGUAUCAGCAGGAAGUGUGUGUCCAUUAAGGAGAUGGUGUUCCAGCUCCAGAGAGAAUGCUACAUCAAACACAACCUGUGCUCUGCCGCCAAGGAGAAUGUGGCCGUCAUGGUGGAGAUGAUCCACUUCCAAGAUCUCUUCCCUAAAGGUCCAUAUGUGGAGCUGGUGAAUAUUCUCCUGAGCUGCGGCGAGGAGGUGAAGGAGGCACUGACACGGAGCGUCCGGCUGCAGUGCGAGCAGAACUGGGGGGCUCUGUGCGACAGCCUGAGUCUGUGCUCCUCCCUCGCGCCGUCUCCCGCUGCCUCCCCCGUGGAGCACCACCACCGCCGCCCUCUGCCCUCCCACCCCGAGCCAGAGCACCCUCGGCCCCCGCGGCAAGGCGACAAAGACAAAGCCGGCAAGGCGGGCUUCAACGCUCACCCACGCAAUCGCAGUCAGGGCCCACGCCGCCAGAGUCCAGAGGCUGGAGUGAUGGCUGACCAGCAAGACCCCGAGGCCAGCGACAUCCGGAGGUGAAAGUGCAGGGGGACUGUCCCGACUUUGACCCCCUAGACCAUUUAAAAACACACACUUGCAGACUUAUGCACCCCCCGCCCCCCACACAAAUGCACACACACUCUCUCUUUCUCGCACACACACACACACACACACACACACACACACACACACACACACACACACACACAGUCAAAAUCAAAGUCAAAGUCUCUCUCUCUCUCUCUCUCUCUCUCUCUCUCUCACUCACAUACACACACAUGCACACACACAAAUUCCCAGACAGACUGAGCAAAGGGAAACAAGCCCUGACCUUCCCUGUCCUUAUUCCGCUCUCUCCAGUCAUUCCAGCAGUCCCACAUGUUAAACUUGCAGGGUAAUUGUGGUGAAGCUUGUAAUGUUAUGCCAGACUGUAGGCCACAAUUUGUUUUUUAAUUUUAAUUUUAAUAAUAAUUGUUAUUAUCAUGAUGAUUUCAACUGUUAGGUCUAUUUUGGCUCUAAUAUAGCAUUUUCUCAAAUCCUACUGCCGGUAAGAUUUGAAUAUAUUUGUAUUAUUUAUUUUAUUCUUUAUGCAAUGUUGGAAUAUCAAAAUGUACAUAGAAAUAUACUUAUCUAUAUUUAUAUAAACAUGUAUAAAUAUAGUUACAAUAUGCAAUACUGAUCUACUAUAGAUGACAUAGUAUAUGGUGUGCUGUCUGUUGUCCUCUCCACAGUAUUGCACCCAUCACACGUUGGUCUGUAGAUAUGUAACAUACACCAUUUAUUUGUUUCAAACUGGGAAUGUGUAUUAUAAUUAUAGAUACUUGAUGAUUAAAUACAAACUGUACAGGUUUCAAAGUCCAGUUCUGGCACAUAUGAAUUGUAGUGCAUGUUGGCCACGAAGCCAACAAACGUGUGCAUUCUUAAAGUGAAAAUCCACUCUAAAGAGGAUGCAAGUGUAAUACUAUGAAUAUGGACAGUUAUUUCACCCUUUGUACUUAUUGAUCAUAAAGCUAUAGAGUCAAUGAGAGCCAGGACCGAUCUCCGAUGACUGCAUGCAUGGCUGUGUGGGCGGCAAUGAAUGGGAGACUCUCUGUUUAAUUAUUGCUGCAGAAAGUGCGAAAAGAGUCCCAUUCACUGUUGAUGGAGUUUUAGAACUGGUGUCUCGUGACGUUACAGACUAGUGUAGCUUCAGGACAUCGUUGUUCCUGUUCACGAAAAACAACUGAACUGUUCUCACGUCCUACAUUCUCUUUGGUUUUCUGUUCAGCUAUCAACCGCAGCAGAGAGAGGAUGUCAGAUCACAUUUUAAAUGUAGAAAUCACACACAUCAAGGUGCCUAAACUUGUUAUUGUCCACAGUGACCGCUUCUCUGUGAUUUAAGUGAAUGGAUGAUAAGUAAUAAGUGCUAAGUGAAUGGAGCUGUAUUUUACAAUGAUGUUGAGCCACAAAAGUCUUGGAUAUUGCACUUUGGAUGAUUGUCGGUGUGUGUUGGAUUUCUGCAGGUUGAGAAAUGAGACCAGGGCAGUUGCGCUUGAGCAAUCCUGGUCUUUCUCAUCAACUUACAGCACCGAGCCCUAUAUCCCCACAUGCUCCUUAGGUUCAGAUUGAGCCCCAUUCUUUAAAAGAGCCAAGCUUUCACAUUGUCGCCGUGGCCAGGAAAGAGGCUUGACAAAAACCCUCCGGAUCUCCGGCUCUCCGGCUACUCUAAAUUAGCCCUUAUUCCUCUCUGGUCCGUUACCUAGGUCAGGAGAGACGUGAAGGCCUGUUGUUCUACCCUUUCAAGCUGCCGGCAAUGCAAUGAGGAGCAAGGAACUGGGUUAAGUCCACACGAGGAGGCUCUGGUGCUGUUAUUCUAAAUGUUAUAUUUACCAAGGCCACCAGAGAAUUCCUCUGGGCCACAGCCAAGAGCAAGCAACAGCGAGGCAGGGAGGAGUGGAGCGAGAAGGACAGAGACAUACUUUUUUUUUUUCUUUAUGCGAGAGGUGACACCAUCUUAACUAAAACUUCACUAUUUCAGGCCAGUCGAGUGCUGUAGCUGUGGAGGUAUCGUUUGUGAGCACAUGACACCACAUCCUGGGGAGUGCUUGGUGCAAAAAAUACAGUAAAAGAGAUUUUGUGGCACAGUUAAGGUGCCCCCCCCCCCCCCACACACAAACACACAAACACACCCCGAUGUAAGUACAGUAAGGUAAUGUUUUUACCACCAAUCCUUUAAGCUCAGAGGAUUUGAAUCAUCAGUUAGACUUUCAGGCUUUUAUUUUUUUCUGUUGUGGAAGUUGGGAUUCCUGUGACAUCCCAGCACGAGACAUAAGCUAAUCCUAUUGAGAAUGUACUGUAUGUGUGUAAAGUGACAAUCUGUUUAGCUCUCUUGUCAUUAGGUUUGAUAUGGCUUUUUUUAAAUGAUGCAGUAGCUUGAAUGGCUGUUCUUCAUGUGUUCCGAGGAAAAUAAAACUAACUACGUUUUCUGUAUUGUUAGAGCUCAGUCGCCACAUCACGUGUUUCCCUCUGUCAAGCACAGGGACUCUGCUUUCACUGUUGAAAAUACAGAACAUGGUCUAGAAGUGUGUAACUCACCUUUAACACAACAGGCAUAUGAUCCGAUAAAUAUCUUUGGACUCAUGAAAUCAGCUGUAUCUUGUUAUCAUUAAACUAUUUUUGUCUGUA